AUGGUCAAGGACCUGCAAAAAUUGAGCAAACCUGUGCUUUGCUUCAUGUGUUGUGAGCUUCAAAUCUGUUUCAGUGGCAAGAAAGGUAGGCUCAUUAAACAACUAAUCAGUUUUAGAAAUCAGAUGGACUGGGACAAAGAAGCGGAUAUGACCCAUGUGGCUUCCAACUCUAGCACACCUGCUGCAACCACCAAUGAACCAAAUGCUUUAUUGUCUGUCAAUGGAACUUCCCUUCUUCCAGAUCAGUCUCAGUUGCCUGAUGUUGUAGGAAAACCAAAUGUUCUGCUAGCACCUAAUGACAUUCCCUCCAUUCACGAUGUCACCCCCAUGCACGUGCCAGGGGACCUAACUGAUGAUGAUGACCAUUUAAUAUGCUGUGCUCUUAAUCUACUGGAAGGCAAGAGAGAAAAGGCUUUGAAUCUGCUGCACAAAACUCCCAGUUGCUCGACUUUAAUGCACCUCAAGAAAGCCAUGCUAGUGUUCCUGUGUUCCCUGAAACUUCCCAUUCCAUCUGUAUCUGGGAAGCCACCCAGCAUGGAAGAACAGUGCAAGCAAAUAGAUGCUGUGAAUCCAACUGAAUUGGGUAACCACAAAUUGGACAUUUUCCAAGGACAGCCCAACCAUUCACUAGGCUCUAUGGAUUGUGUUCAACCUCAAAUGGAGAUCCCAUGUGAUAAUGGACUUGAGGAAGCACUAGCAGUGUUGGAGACCAUGACAGGCAUGAAAGUGCUAUGUCAACUUCAUAAGGCUUCUCUGGUCACACUUUGUGUUGCAAAGCUUGGCAAGAGUGAGAGUGCCUGCGAAACAAGUGAUCAUCCAUCUUAUGAUGGACUUUCUAAGUUUGAAUUGGCUGGGAUGUUGGACAAUUGA